AUGAAUCUGGGGUGCAGAGAGCAUCCGGGUCGUAUCUGGCUUCGCGUUGGAAACGGUCCCCCCGAGGCAACCCUGCCCCCUCUCCCAAUCACAUGCAGACACUUACAGAUCCAGGCACAGGCUCAACUUCACCCGACCGCCUUCUCUCGACUCGAUUCGUAUCGUCAAUUCGGACAGAAAAUGGCCAAAACCCCCGAGAUUGCCAGACGCUUUGGAGUGAACGAACACGAAAUCGUCCAAUCAGCGAAGCCCUCCCACUGUAUAAAGUGCACUAACCAUCUGGACAUUGCACUCGAUUGUGUUCGACCGACUGGACUCAACUCCUCCACGAAGAGACAUCAGCUGUGUUCAUGUCUUCGAAAAUUCCAGCAGGCUAUCUGCGCUCGAAGUCCUGCGCACGGUUGGUAUCGAAGGGUCUUGGACGUCUUAUUCUGUUUAAUCAACUCUCUCACUUCCUCGCUUCCUCCUUUUGAAGGAGAGACUGGCGGCUAUGAUGCAGCAUUUUUAGAAUCAUGUCGAAAAGGUACGUUGUCGACAGCUCGUCUCCCUUCACUCCAGUAA